AAAAAAGUAUGACAUCAAUUAUCUUUUUUGACAAGUAAUGUAAUUUUGACUCCCAAAUUCCCAAUGUUAACUUUUCCCUUUUAUCGCAUAACAUGUGAUGCUUGGCUCUAUCCGUGCACUGUGGAUCUUCAAUCUAUCAAUUACAUGCAGUGUAUUUGGGUGGAUAUGAGAGUGAAGAUAUGGCAGCUCAAUCUUAUGAUUUGGCUGCUCUCAAGUACUGGGGUCCAUCAGCUAAGACCAAUUUUCCGGUCUCAAUAUAUGAAAAAGAGAUUGAGGAAAUGAAGGCUAUGUCUAUUGAGGAGUUUAUUGCCUCAUUAAGAAGGAAAAGUUGUGAAUUUUUACGCAGAACUUCUAGAUAUCGUGGCGUUACAAGAGAUCAGCAUCAGGAAGGGUGUUGGCAAGCGCGCAUAGGGAGCGUAUCUCAAGAGCGGAAUAUAUACCUUGGAACAUUUGAGACGGAGGAGGAAGCUGCUGAAGCAUACGACAUAGCGGCAAUAAAGUUGAGAGGUAGGAGUGCAAUAACCAACUUUGAGCUAAGCCGAUAUGACAUUGGACGCAUUAUGGCUUCAACGCUUCCCAUCCCCUCCCUGAAGCGCCAGAAGGCUUCCAAUAUUGAACCAGCUGAUCAGCAACAGCAGCAGAAAUCGUGGGCUGAAAGUGGUGGCGGUGGCCAAAGUAGCAGCGGUGGUGGUCACGUCCUCAAUGUUGGCAUGUUUGAGCGGCAGCCGCUGGGUGUUUAUCAAUCUGUUCCCGGGGAUUAUGAGUUGCCGCCACUGCCUCCGUCCUAUCUUUCCCAUCCGGCCCAACCCAAUGGAUACUCGGUCAAUUCUAUGGAUUCAUCUCAUGGAAAUGUUGGGUUCCAGGAGACUCUGCCAUGCGGAGCCAGCAGCAACUGUGAUAUUGGUGGUGGUACUAUUAAUGAUAUCAAUAAUUUUGAGAUGUUCCGGCUGCCAGGUAUUCAAGAAUCUGUUCCCGGGGAUGAUGAAUUGGAGGCACUGCCACCGUCCUAUCAGUACAACUACAACCCUGUUUUCUAUCCGGUGGAAUCCAUGGCAAACUCAUUUCUUGGUUUGGAUGCAUAUGAUGAAAUUACUGGAUUCCAGGAGACACUGCCACCCGCCUCCAGCAGCCAGGAUGGUGGUGGUUUUGGCAUCCAUAGUUUUGAAAUGUUCCAGCUGCCGGGUGUUCCAAAUGCAGCAGGUUUUGCAGAAUGGCCAGGCAACAAGAAGUUAAGGCCAGAGUAGUAACUAACUAAAGAGGCUGGCCAUGAUCUAUCUGGCUUGGGAUACAGAUCUAUUCCCUGGAAUGUUCAUCCAUCAUGGGCUAACCAUGGACCAGUUUCCAAUAAUUAGCACCAACAGCUAGGCAUUACAUUGUCUGUGCUGGAUCAUUCAGCAUCACGGCCUGCUCGAUGUCUGCCACUGCAGAGGGCAUUCGUGCCCUCAGAUCCGAGCGCACGGUAGCCAGAUGGACAUAUUGGCCCGGCCGGGAUAUGUAGUAAUUAGGUGUCCAUAAUGAAUUGCUGGUGAUUGAAGCUGCAGGUUGUUGGGGCAAAAUUACAUGUCUAUGCUGAUUGUAAAGAGUAGAAACCAUGCCAGUUAGUUAGUUUUAUUUGAGUUGGUGUAUGUAUGUAAUGAGUUCAUCAAUUCUUUAUAGAAGAGAAGUAGCUAGCUAGUUAAUUGCAGAAAGCUAGGGAGCAUGCAUAUAUAUACAGAAGAAGCAGAGAACUGAUGGAUGCAGCUCGGACAUCAUUUCUACUGGAUCAGCCUCUGAUCAUAACAAAGAGAUGUGUGCGCUUGAUGCAUUCCAUGCAUACAGUGGAGGAGCUAGGGGGGCAAGCGCCCCCGCUCAGACUAAUUUUUUUACUAGUAUUACUUAUAAUAUGUUUCUUGCCCCGACUUCUUUUUUAAUUUUAA